CUUCCUGAAAUCUGUGCAGAGGGAGGCUGCUGAGGACGAGGGCUGCUGCUGGGGACGAGGGCUGCUGCUGGGGACGAGGGCUGCUGCUGGGGACGAGGGCUGCUGCUGGGGCAGUGGGUCUAGGGGGCAUGCUCUGAUCACAUCAGGUUCGUAUCAUCAUGCUUGAAAACAAAGACAUUAACCUUCAAGUGGAGGAGGAUAACCCCCCAGUGAGCCGACUAACUGCUGCCAGAGAUGAGUCCCACUGCUGAUAGGACCAGGGAGAAAAGCUCGGUACACUCUGUUGUGUGGCUGCUAGGCCCGUCUGGACCUCCACAGUGCCGAGCCAGGACAGCCAUGGCCAAGAGAGACUACCUGGUGGAGGCAGCCAAGCAGAUCCGAAUGGCUCUGGACAGGGAGGUCAGUGAAGACUAUGAAGCUGCCUUCAGCUACUACAAGAAUGGGGUUGACCUGCUGCUCAAUGGAGUUCAAGUGGACCCUAACAAAGAGCGCCGGGAGGCAGUGAAGAGGAAGACUACUCAGUAUCUGAAGAGGGCCGAGGAAAUCUUUAUCUCCCACCUGCAGGACAACCUGGGGAAGGGGAACUCUCACUUAGGGGGUUACAGUAGUCUGAGAUUCCGGCCAAUCAGACACCUGAGCUGCCCAGUGGAGGAUCUGGAGAUGUGUAAAGUGGUGGGGAUCAUCGAUAAGGUCCUGAUUGUCCAAAGCCUGAUUACAAAGGAGAAAUGUGUUGUUAAAAGCCUGCCCAAGUCGAGCUGGGAGAGCCGGGAGCAGCCCACUAUCAUCCCCCAGGGCGUCCCCUAUAUGGUGAAGCUGCUGAGGUACUAUGUCAGUGAGGAUGCUGUGUACCUGCAUCUGGAGCAUGUUCAAGGUGGGAAGCUUUUCUCCAAACUGUCCAAGGUGAGGAACGACCGAGCCAAGGAGCACCCAGAAUGCUACAUUCCCAGCCAGCACAGGAUCAAACUGAAGAAUAGCUACACCUCCCCUACCAUCAGCUCAGACUACCAGCAGAAUGACAGAGGGGACACAGGGGCAACCCCUCUCCUGGAGAGGGAGAACGAGGAGAGCCCAGACACAGACUCCCCUGCAUCUUGGCAUGAGGCUCAGCAUCGUCUGGAAGGGUGUAGGACCCACUCCUACUGCGAGGAGACAGGCUGCCUGCAGAACAACUCAAGGUCUACAGCGCUACAGCCCUCUUUAUCUGGGCCAAUGAGGACAGACAUCAGUCCCCAUAUCCAUCCAGCAGGCCACAGUCAGUGUUUGCACUCUGAAACUCAGGACAAGCCUGCUCUUCCUAGUCAUCUGUGCAUCGAUCAGGUUCCUGAUGUCACCUCUGAGCCUUCUGGGAAGGCCACUGGAACAGAAAAAAUUGAAUCCAGUUUGGAUUUUGACGUGGUGUGGAAGGCUGCUGAUCUGACACAGAAUUGUGAGAGUGACUCCGAUAUAGCUGCAGGUAAACCUGUACCUCAAACAACUCAGACCUCUUCUGGUGGGACAGGGUCAACAGUGAACUUGAAGAAUCAUUCUAUCAGUUUGUAUUCACAGAAAAGUUAUGUUCCCCUCCAUAAUCAAAGCCAGGCUAGUGAGAUGGCAACUUUGACCUCCUAUGGCUCUCACCAAGGCAGUGUUUCAGGUGGAUACCUUGAGAACACUGUGGGUGUAGAGCUAUCCACACACCAGGAGAGAGGGCAGGAAGAACAGGUAAACCAUCACACUACUGAAAAGAGCAUUGUGAACUUAGUAAGCAGGGACAUAGAGACUUCCCAGCCUGGCAGAGCUGCGUGUCCCUCUACAGUAGAUGAGCUGAAGGUCAUGAGGACAUCCUCAGGGAUCUCUCACCCCUCUUCCCUGCCUCGCUGUCUCAGUGCUGGGACACAGCAGGGGAACCAGGCAGGCAUCUCCCUGGCCCUCACAGGGACAAAGUAUAAUGUGGGGCCUCCUUGCAGAGAGCCAGGGGUGGAGGAGGGCUGGGAGCUGAGCCCUUUGAGUAAAGACAUCCCCCAAGGGAAAGGAUCACUGUGUGACCCCAACACCACUGGCCCCACAGGGGCCUCCCCACAGUGUCGGAAAGAGGACAUGAAUGCUUUCCUGAAGUCAAAUGGAUCAGAUGGACAGGGUCAGGAUCAGAUCAUUGAGGUAGAGGGCUGGUGCCACCAGCCCAAGUUCCCAGCCAAGGCCUCCAGGGGGAGAGACGGGGUCAGGCAGAGCUGUUGGGGGCUGCCUGAGGCAGAGGUGCGUCUGUUGGGAGCUCAGAUCCUCCUGGCCCUGGAGAGUCUUCACCAGCAAGGUGUCAUGUGCCGUGACCUCAACCCAAAGAACAUCCUGCUUACCAGCAUCGGAAAGGUCUGCCUGACAUUCUUUGGCCAGUGGAGUGAAGUUCAGUCAGAAACCAACUCUGAAGCUAUGGACCAGAUGUACUGUGCCCCAGAGAUUGGAGGUGUGUCCAAAAUAACAGAGGCUUGUGAUUGGUGGAGUCUGGGGGCAUUGCUAUUUGAACUUCUUACAGGAAUGCCCCUGUGGCAGUUCCACCCAGCCGGGGUACAUUCUCACACCCAGCUUCUGAUCCCAGAGCAGCUGAGUACUGCAGCUGCCUCCCUGCUCACUGAGCUUCUGCAGUUUGACGCUGGUUAUCGUUUGGGCUCUGGAGGCGGUGGAGUGAGUGACAUCAAGUGUCACCCCUUCUUCAAUGGUGUCUCCUGGAAGGCACUGAGCAGUUAGCAGGUCAAAAAGACUGUCUGCAGCCAAGUGAAGUUGGGCAGCCACUGCCCCCUUGUGGCUAAAAUAAUUGAAACCCCAACUCUGGAGCUACUUCCUGAGCAUCUUGUUAUUCCCAAAGAAUGAUAAUUAGAAGGGUAAUUCAGAGCAGUAGGCACACAUGUCAGCCCUGCAACAACCAAACUCUGCCUGCAGUGUUGUCUAAGUAACCUCCAUGUUUGAAUAAUAGAGGCUAGUGUAAACAUAGUAGGGCAAAAUGUACUCCUGGGUGACUUUUGGGGUAUUUCUGUUGUACAAAUGACAUGCAAUGCUACUUAACAUCCAUGCAUAGCAUCACCAAGUAUGGAAACAGAUGAUUUUCAUUGUCAAACACUUACUACACGGCUGUGAUAAACAGCGUUGACAAUAAGGUUAGUAAAAUGAAGCAAUGCAUCUGUGCUGUUUUAGUCUUUAAUACACUCAUGGUCAGCCUUU